GUAAAAUAUUAUUUAUUAAAAAUUUUAAUAGUUAUUAGGCUUAAUUUGGCUGACUAAAUUUUCAUCUUUUUUUACACUUAAUACUCUAUCUAUAUAAUCUGUUAUUUUUGGAUAUUAUCAAAACAAAAUUCAAUUUAAAUUUUUAAUUAGAAUCUAGAUAAAUACCCAAUAUAUACUUAUAUGUUCAUCAAACUGGUACAACGGUCGGUACAAUGAACACAUCACACAUGUGCAGAUUGUGUAUGAAAACAGAAUUUCUAGUAAAUUUGUAUAAAAUAGAUGGUGAAACUACUCUUGAUAAGAAAAUUUAUUUUUGCAUGGAUAUUAUGGUUCAUCCUGAUGAUAAACUUCCAGCAUUUAUUUGUAAACAAUGUACAAAGAAAAUUAAUAAGUUCUAUAGUUUUAAAUGUAAAUGCCUACAAAUUAAUAUUGAACUUAAAAAUAUAGAGAAUAGUCAAAUUUUGGACUAUGAUACAAAUUUAUUAAAUUGUAAUAUAGAAAGUGACUCAACUAGAAAUAAAUUGAUAGAUAAUAAGACAAUAUUGAUGGAAUUGACAGAUCCAUUAAGCCAUCAGACUGAAACACCUAUUACAAAUAAAAGUACAGUAAGUGAAAAAACGGAAAAGAUAAUCAAUAAAAGAAAUGAUAAAUAUCAAUGUGAAUUUUGUGGCUGUAUAUUUCAAAUGAAAACUGUUUUAGAGAACCAUUUAAUGACACAUUCUGGUAUUAAGCCAUACUCUUGUAAUAUUUGUCCAAAGAAAUUUGCUAGAGCUGAGAAUAAAAUAAUACAUAUGAGAUCCCAUUUUGGAAUAAAACCAUUUAUUUGUGAGAUUUGUGGCAAAACAUCAACUAAAUCCCAAGAUUUAAUUAGGCAUAUGAAAAUACAUAGUGAUGAGAGAAACUAUUCAUGCUCAAGUUGUAAACUUCAAUUCAAACGAUCAGGUGAUCUAACUAGUCACAUCCGUACCCAUACUGGAGCUCGACCAUAUCGCUGUCUAACUUGUGAUAAGAGAUACACUUCUCAUAGUGGUCUUCGAAAACAUUACAGAUUGCAUUGCAAAAAAGAACUACUUAAUAAUGUAAGUAAGUAAUUGAUGGCUGAAUAAGUUUGUCACUUCAGCUGUCUAGAAAAGAUCUUGAUAUAUCACUUCCUUUUUCUUUUUUAUUUGCUAUUCUUGAUCCAAACUGUAAAGCUCUUUUCGGCAGUGUAGCAACUCCAGUCAGUCCAUAAUUGAGAGCCACAAGUCUCAGCAUCAGUUUAUCUCCUAUUCCAACACCUAAAUUUUCAUUAGGAAAACAUCUGCAAAAUAAAUGUUUAUAUAACAAUUUGAAAUCAUAUACUUUCAUAAUUUAUAUUUAGAGAAAAGAAAUAAGAAUAAGAUAAUAAUCUUACUCAAAUCAAUAAACAAUCAACAUAUUAUUUACCUACACCAGAAUAUAUUGAUUGCAAAUCUAAAAAAAUAACAUAUAGACUAACAGAGUUUGAUUUCCAUAUAAAAGGAGGCCAUGAGACUACCUAUCUAUCCUAUUUAAGAGCUGCUCUCUUGUCAGUGGAGCUCUUGCCACUCACUAUGAGAUUGACUACUGAAGGCUGAAGGAUACUAUUUGUAUGCAUGAGCAAAGUUUUUAAUACUUAGUACCAAAAAGAGUAGUAUAAAUAAAAUAAUGGCCAAGUACUUGAUAUAGGUUGCAGCGUAUUGUCGCCACUUUGCCUUCAUACAUAUAAAAAUAACAUAGAAGAUUUAUCAAUCAUUAAUGUUAUUUUAUAUUAUUAAUAUGUAAUAAUAAAAAAUUAACAUGUGAUGUAACAAAGUGAAAGUGAAUUUGUAUGUUUUAUCCUUCCAGUCAUUUCUUAGAUUCACAGUGAUAGUUCCAUCUAGGCAUUUAUGAACCACAAAUCAUGCUAGUCUUAAAAUUACAUACAUACAUAAAAAAAUGUACAACUAAUCUUUGUUAGACAUUUCCAUUCCAUAUGUACCUAUUACCUACGCAAACGUAUAAUUCCUGUGCAAGUGCAAAAUUAUUACGACACAAUUAAGGUUAAAAACAAUAUAAUAGUUUCUUACUUUAACCAUGGUUUCAAUUGUAACAAGAAUUGAGUGAGAUCUUCAUCUAAAUAAGGCAUUCGUGGUUGUCGUCCAUGGUCACAUAUUACUCUAUUGUCACGUGCUAAGUUUCUAAAAGAAAUCCGUUUCCAGUCUAACAGUAACUCUUUGUUUAAUCCAUCCCAACCAUGACGCUUAUAUGCAUUUCUAUGUCUAGUAUAACCACCAAAUAAUUCGUCAGCUCCAGAACCAACAAGCAAUAUCUAAAAAUGUUUUCAAAAAUUAAUAAAUUAUUAUGUAGAUUAUUGAAGAGCUCCCUUUUCCAUAUUUUUUUAAUAAUUUAAUUAGUAAUUAUAAAUAAGUCAAAUGUUAAAUAAUUGUGUCACUAAAGAUUUAUAAUAGUAACUCCUUGAUCACUUAGUAUGUCUAUAAAAAAUUGCAAAAUGGUAUUCACAAUAAUUUGGAAAACCAACAAAAGAAUUUAUUUAGGUUUAUAUGCACAUUCAUUUGCCUUAAUUCUAUAAAAGCUGAAAAAUUCUACCAAAUUAUAAACUCGAGAAUUUUGGAUAAUUAAAUGUUUGUUCUUUAUAUCACGCCAUCAUAAUUGGAUUUAUGCAUUAAGAUCAAAUUAGAUAAUGAGAUACUUUUAUCCUGGUAAUUUUCCUUGGAAUAUUCAUAGUAGGUAUAGUUAAUAUAAUUAAUUAAGUAAUUACCUACCCUACAAGGAGAUGUACCAUGAUUAUCUUCACCUUGAGCUGCAAACCAUAAUGCUGAUCCAAGACUUUCAUCCAAAAUUGUUUGUCUAGGGUAUACUAAGUCUGCUAUUAUUUCAGACUGAUAUUUUUGUAACUUGUUUCUUGGAACAUUUAUUUCUCUAAAUAUCCACUGUCUGAAAUUUAAUUAUCAAUCAUUAAAGAUUUAAUUAGCCAUAUAAUUAAAAA